CCUGGACUUUGUGCAGACCUCUUAAGCAGCGGCUACUCAAAAGGCGCAGUCUAAACUUUGAACCUUGGAUUACAAGAAAACGAAGGGAUAUACAACACUUUUCUACGAAAACCCUUUUUUUUUCUUCUUUUUAAUCGGAGGAAUCUCCGGUGUUGUGGGCGAGUUGGUCUACCUGUGCGGACUUGUCCGCAUCCCAAAGUGGGGGAGUGAAGCCCAAGUAGACACACCUUGGUUUUUUGUGGCCUCUCUCUCUCUCUCUCUAUCUCUCUCUCCAUCUCUCUCCCUGCAAGCGGAAGAAUAACCGAACUACACGCUGAAAUGUCGGUAAAUGAGCGAGCGCUUAAAGAGAUCCUGCAAAAGCCUGGAAAUGACGCCUGCGCAGACUGCGGUGCACCUGAUCCUGGUUGGGGCUCUUGUUCCCUGGGAGUGUUCAUCUGUUUGGCCUGUUCUGGGAUCCACCGUAACAUCCCUGAAAUCAGUAAGGUCAAGUCCCUGAGGCUGUCCCACUGGGAGGACCAUGAGUUGCAGUUCAUGGCUGAGAAUGGGAAUGAGUCAAUGAGGAGAAAAUAUGAGGCUGCAGUUCCAGUUUACUACUACAAACCAACACACAAGGACUGCCAAGUGUUGAGGGAACAGUGGAUUAGAGCAAAGUACGAGAGGAAAGAGUUUUCCAAGCCAAGGGACAGCUUGACAUAUGAAGGAACUAGAGAUGGCUUACUGAUGAAAAGGGGGCGGGACAACGGACAGUUCCUGAGCAGGCGUUUUGUCCUUUCAGAGAUAGAGGGCACUCUGAAGUACUUCACCAAAUAUGAUGCUAAGGAGCCCAAAGCAGUGAUCAAGGUGGACACAAUCAAUGCAACAUUCCAGCCAGAGAAGAUAGGAAACCCCAACGGCAUGCAGAUCACCUACCUCAAAGACUACAGCACCCGGAACAUCUUUGUCUAUCAUGACAGUGGAAAGGAGAUUGUUGACUGGUUUAAUUCAAUUCGAGCAGUUCAGCUUCAUUAUCUACAGGUGGCCUUUCCUGGGGCCACUGAUGCUGAUCUUGUACCUAAACUUACUCGUAACUUUCUCAAGGAAGGAUACAUGGAAAAAACGGGUCCCAGGCAAACAGAAGGUUUCAAGAAACGCUGGUUCACUCUUGACCACAGACGACUCAUGUACUUCAAAGAUCCUCUGGAUGCCUUUGCCAAAGGUGAAGUUUUCUUGGGGAACAGGGACCAUGGUUACAGUGUCUCUUCUGGCUUGCCUGCUGGCACCCACUUCAACGGUGUUUGGCAAUACGGUAUCACAAUAAAAACACCUGACCGCUGCUUCCUGUUUACCUGUGAGACAGAGGGUGACCAGCAAGACUGGCUGAAACACUUUCAUGAUGUCAUGAGCGCUCAGAUGUCCCCUCAGGAAUACACAAUGGAAGCCCUGUUCAAGCGCAGGCCCUGAUCGGUAGCCGUUGGAACCUUUCCCUCACCUCUCACCCAUCAUCAGUCUGACAUGGGGUCUACAUCAGCUCUGACUUGGAAUCUCACCUUCAUCACUGCUCUGGUCACACUGGAGCUUAUAGCUUAAAAUACUAAAAGAUAGUCAUAAAGUUCAGAAACAGGAAAAAAGAAUAGGACCAAAUUGUUGUUGUAAAGUGUGUAAAGAGGCCCAGUGAUACUUAAACAUCACAGUUAGUUUCCAUUUCAUGUUGUAUUGUGAGGAGAUUUUUGUUUCAUCAACAUAAUUACUUAUGAGUCUGGAGCAGAUUUCUUUUUUCCUUUAAAUUCUGGUUCUUAGAUGCCUUAUUGUCACUCUUUGCUCCCCUUAGUUAUGACUUUUAUUUCUUUGUCCGAGGGUCCUUUUCUUUAAUAAACACUACACAGCAUUUAAAAGACUUUAUGGACUGAUAAUAUGCCUUUUCUCUUUCAAAUAUUUUAAAACUGGAUCCGUUUUGAAGGUGACAAGUGCCAUGUGCCUCUUAUUUUGCCUGAUGUUAUGCAGUGAUCAGUUUGGUAGUACUGUAAGUUGCAGGUAGUCAGAUAUGCAAGUUUAUGGAAGAUGAUUUGAGAGAUUUGUGAGAAGCACUGGUUCAAAAAAAUGAGUAGGGAUAAUUAAAUGUACCUGUUUACCUUGGGUCCAGGGUGUGGCCCUACUGAAAAAGUGUUGCAGCUGACAGAACCAGAAGUUUCUCUACAACAUAACAUGGCUGUUGUGAAAAUAUCACAUUUUUGAGAAGAAACAGAAAAAUUGGAUCAAAGAAGAAAAACAAAUCAAAGUUUUUAAAAAAAAAAAAAAAAAUACAAUAAAUUUUAUUUACUUUAUUUAACACUUAUAACAUCAGUCAUCUUGGAUUCAUGUAAAGUUUUAGAAAUAUA